UAGAAAAAUAAAUAAAAAUAAUUAAAAAUAAAAAAAAGAAAAUUAAUUUAUUUUCUCCCAAAAAUCAGAGAAUAUAAAGAGGGGAGAGAGGAGAGAGAGAAUAAUUCAAUGCUUUAAAGCUGAUAGAAUUAUAAAUAAAACAGGCAAACAAAAAAAAAAAAAGAAACAAAAAGAAAAAAAGAAAAAACAAACAAAUACAACUAUCCAUAAUCUUCCUACUUACAUCCCAUGCUCUUUAGAUUUGUUCAACGUUUGAUCGCCCAAUAAAUCAUAAACCCGAAUCCGAUUAGAUAUGGCAUCUAUGGUUGCCAAAGCUUGUAGCAGUACAUCAACUCAAAUGCCGACUAUGACCGUCCAAGAAAAGGGAAGUCGGAACAAGAGAAAAUUCAGAGCCGAUCCUCCGUUAGCGGACCCUACUAAAGCCAUCCCUUUACCUUCGAACGAAUGCACGAGUUUCGAAUUCUCGGCCGAGAAGUUCGAGAGUCAUACAAAUAUGUGCGAUAUGUGCUGCAUAAACCAAGACCAUUCCGAUUCUCUAAAACUCGACCUCGGAUUGUCGUGCCCCGUAAUAACAUCGGAAAUCGGCUCGAACCAAUCCAGAGAGGAGGUCGAAGACGAGUUCCACGAUGCUGAUUGGAGUGACCUCACGGAAUCCGAGCUGGAGGAGCUUGUUUUGAGCAAUUUGGACACGAUUUUCAAGAGCGCGAUCAAGAAAAUCGUUGCUAGUGGUUAUAGCGAAGAAGUUGCUACGAAAGCAAUUCUGAGGUCCGGCCUUUGGUACGGGUGUAAAGACACUGUGUCGAAUAUAGUGGACAAUACAUUAGCGUUUCUUAGAAGUGGCCUCGAAAUCGAUUCCUCGAGGGAGCAGCAUUAUUUCGAGGAUUUGCAGCAGAUGGAGAAGUACAUAUUGGCUGAGCUCGUUUGCCUUUUAAGAGAGGUGAGGCCCUUUUUCAGCACGGGUGAUGCAAUGUGGUGUCUCUUGAUAUGUGAUAUGAAUGUAUCGCAUGCUUGUGCGAUGGAUGGUGACCCUUUGGGAGGUAGUUUCGUCCGAGAUGCGAAUUCGAACGCGAAUCCCUCGAUCUCUGCUAAACCCCAUUUGAAAAGUUCCGAAUCCAAACCGAAUUCAUCGGUUUCUUGUGCACCUAAAAUAGCUAGCGGUCCUAAGUUGAAAGCGAAAGCUUCCUUUGUUCAAAAUGCACCGGCUCUUGAUUUAGACUGUCAAAAUCACGGAUCGAGUAUUAACGAGAAACCCUUUACCACAUCUGCUGAGGAGAAGUUUGUGGGGAGUAGAAAAGUUUCCGGAAUCACGAAAAGGGAGUACAUUUUACGUCAGAAAUCGUUGCACUUCGAGAAGCACUACCGCACGCACGGUUCCAAAAGCACAUCAAGAACCGGUAAACUGAGUGGCUUCGGCGGCCUAGUCUUGGAUAAAAAACUCAAAGGCGUGGCGGAAUCUACAGGUUUGAACGCCAGGAAUUCACCGUUCAGGAUCAACAAGUCUGCAGUGGGACCCACAUUCGGCCUCGAAAACAGCUCUUCGUUGACUUUACCCUCGCCGGUCAACUCUCCCGCUUCGUUAUCUGCAGCAGAUACGGAGCUCUCUCUGUCUUUCCCUUCCAAAAGCAUCAUCGCUAAUCCAAUGCCAAUCAGCUACAGCAGCGAGGCGGCCAAUUUUACAUACCUCGGUUCUUCGAACGACAAGCCUGUUUCACAGUGGGCCCCACACGACCGGAAGGAGGAGAUGAUAAUGAAGCUGGUCCCACGAGCAAGGGAGCUGCAAAACCAGCUCCAAGAAUGGACCGAGUGGGCGAACCAGAAGGUCAUGCAAGCUGCAAGAAGAUUAGGUAAGGACAAAGCCGAGCUGAAGACGCUCAGGCAAGAGAAGGAGGAAGUGGAGAGGCUGAAGAAGGAGAAGCAAACGUUGGAGGAGAACACGAUGAAGAAACUUUCGGAGAUGGAGAAUGCGCUGUCCAAGGCUAGUGGACAGGUGGAUCGAGCUAAUUCGGCGGUUCGAAGGCUCGAGGUGGAGAAUGUGUCUUUGAGAAGGGAAAUGGAAGCCGCGAGGUUGCGAGCGGCAGAAUCUGCCGCUAGCUAUAUGGAGGUUUCGAAGAGGGAGAAGAAGACUUUGAUAAAGUUUCAGUCUUGGGAGAAGAAUAAGACCGUUUUGCAAGAGGAUCUUGCGGCUGAGAAAUUGAAGUUGAUCCAGAUGCAGCAGAAGCUAAAGCAGUGUAAAGAUAUACGGGAUCAAGCUGAGGCGAAACUGAAUCAAGAAGUGAAGGCGAAGGAAGAGAUCCUCAGACAAGCGAAUUCGUAUAAAAAAGAACGAGAGCAAAUCGAAGCCUCCACAAAAUCCAAAGAGAGCGCAAUGAAAUCUCGAGCCGAAGCGAAUCUACAAAAGUCGAAAGAAGAUAUAGAGAGGCUCGAGAAGGACAUCUCUCAGCUGAGGCUGAAGACCGACUCCUCGAAAAUAGCCGCUCUCAGAAGGGGCGCAGUGGACAUGACAUACGCAAGCAAACUUGCCGACUUCAGAGAUAACAAUAACAACAACAGCAACAACAGCAACAAUAUAUCUGCUUACAUCUCCAAGAUUGUGGCGGGGUCCACCACCGCCACGUCAGCGGACGUGAAGCGGGAGAGGGAGUGCGUGAUGUGCUUGUCCGAGGAGAUGUCCGUGGUAUUUCUCCCGUGCGCGCACCAGGUGGUGUGCACUGUGUGCAACGAGCUGCACGAGAAGCAAGGGAUGAAGGACUGCCCUUCUUGCAGGGGGGCGAUACAGAGACGUGUUUGUGUGCGUUACGCUCACUCGUAAGUUUUUUUCUUUUUUUUUUUUCGGAGAUGUUUUUUAUUUAUUUAUAUAAUAAUGUUUUCGUGUGUUGGACUGAUUUUUCUUUCUUUUUUACAAUAAAUAGUGGGGGUUUUGAUGCUCUCUGUCAAAAUUUGGGACUGUUUUUAUAUAUAUAAGGUUGCAUUUUUUGUAAGUGCAAUGUGGAAAAAAGGAAAGGGUUGUGUGGAGUAUGGGUUUGUAUAUGGUGGUUUUCCCAUUUUUAUUGAAUAAAUAAAAUUGUGUGAUUUUCAUUGUUAUAUAA